UCUUGGGCAGCAGCUGGGAGCAUCACCAGGAAGAUUCGGUGCCCGGACCAGAGACUCCACCCGCCUGGCCAACAUGUCCUCUGCCCACUUCAACCGCGGCCCGGCCUAUGGACUGUCAGCUGAAGUCAAGAACAAGCUGGCUCAGAAGUACGACCCCCGGCGAGAGCAGGAACUCCGGGUCUGGAUCGAGGAGGUGACGGGCAGACGCAUCGGCGACAACUUCAUGGAUGGGCUGAAGGACGGAAUCAUCCUGUGCGAGUUCAUCAAUAAGCUGCAGCCCGGUUCAGUGAAGAAGGUCAAUGAAUCCACUCAGAACUGGCACCAGCUCGAGAACAUCGGGAACUUCAUCAAAGCCAUCACCAAAUAUGGCGUGAAGCCCCACGACAUCUUCGAAGCUAACGACCUGUUUGAGAACACCAACCAUACGCAGGUCCAGUCCACGCUCAUCGCUCUGGCCAGCAUGGCCAAGACAAAAGGGAACAAAGUGAACGUGGGAGUGAAAUAUGCCGAGAAGCAGGAGCGCAAAUUCCAGCCUGAAAAACUGAAGGAGGGCCGGAACAUCAUCGGGCUACAGAUGGGCACCAACAAGUUUGCCAGCCAGCAGGGCAUGACGGCCUACGGCACCCGCCGGCACCUCUACGACCCCAAGCUGGGCACAGACCAGCCCCUGGACCAGGCCACCAUCAGCCUGCAGAUGGGCACCAAUAAGGGGGCCAGCCAGGCGGGCAUGACUGCGCCCGGGACCAAGAGGCAGAUCUUCGAGCCGACCCUGGGCAUGGAGCACUGCGACACCCUCAACAUCAGCCUCCAGAUGGGCAGCAACAAGGGUGCCUCCCAGCGGGGCAUGACCGUCUACGGGCUGCCCCGCCAGGUCUACGACCCCAAGUACUGCCUGACCCCCGAGUACCCCGAGCUCGGGGACGGCGAGGAGCAGUACAACCACCACCCACACAACUACUACAACUCGGCAUAAGAGCCGCCGGGGUUGGGGCUGGCUUGCACCCCACGGACUGAGCAGCAGCCCACGCCCACCCUCGGCUGCCCCCACCUGCGGAGUCGGCAAGACGGAGAGUCCCGCGGGGCCCCCCCGGACCCGAAAGCCCCGGCCCUGUGCCCUCUGCUCCCUGCCCCGCUCUCUCUCUGGCUUGUCUAGCCCCGCGCCUCCUCUCCCCAGCCCCAGUUGCCUCUCCUACCACACUGCCCCUCCUCUCCCACCCCCCUCCACCCUGUGGAAAAGCCCAGCUUGGAUUUAGGUGCAGAACUGACGGUGCAGCUGUGGAGAGCAGAUCCCGGGGACUGGGCCCGGGGAGGGGAGCGGGAACCUGAUUGGGACUGGCCAGUGGGGUGGAGGCGGGGGCAGGAUUACAAUGAGGAGAGGGAUGCUACCCUCCUCACCGCUCCAUCCCCUCAACUUCGGCCAGCACUAACCCCGAACCUGCCAACCGCCACCCACCUGCUCUUCCUCCCUUCCUCUCUCCCUCUACCCCUAGUCGAGUGGGAAGCCCCGAAUACUGGCUAAGGGCAGGGUAGUCACCGGGCGGCUUGGGUCCCUCACUCCUCCGGCCCCAUGCACGCAGCUCCGGGCACGUACGUGCACAUGCCGAUCCGUCCUGCCCUCGCCGACCCUCCCCCCUCACCGCCAACAAAACGUCGCCUUCGAGGAACCCAAACAAACUACUGAGAGGAGCAGCCGCUGCUUUCUCGCUCAGCAAGCUGCUUUUCCGCCGAAACACACAACUGAAUGGGCGUCUGGAUCCCCUUCUUGUGCUCCCCAACCACGCCGGAACAGGAGCAAACUGCAUGCUGGCCCAGCCAGAGACUCUUUGGUUGGUUUUUCGUUUCGGCUGACGAUGGUUUGUAAUAUUCUGCUGAUGAGCACUUUUUUUUAAAUCUCCUUUCACUGUAGCACAAU